GCAAAAGAACAGAUGGGGAUAUGAUACUGCGCAGCUCAGCAUUCGGGGGAGAGGGAGAAGGGAAGCUAAAAUGGAAGAACUUGGAUCAAACAAAGGUAAAAUGCACUGAAGCCCCUGAACUGAUCUGGGUCCAGUGUGGAUGCACUCAUGGUCGCGGAGCUGUGGGAGAAUGAAGACAGAUGACCGGUAAAGAAUAUGGAUAUAGACGAUAGUCAUGUUCAUAUAAUUCAGUAAUCUUUAGAAGACUCCCAUUUGCCUCUGAGGCUCGGUUCUCCCACCCUGAACACACGGUUUUGAGUGUGGAUACAAGCUGUGUGGUUUGGGUGGCAGAGUGGUGAGCACCUGUGUCAUGUGGUGAGCAAGCUUGAACAUUGGGCAGCAGGCAUUGGUGACGUCCUCAGCAGAUGAUGUUCCCUCGUGUCCUGUGGGCUUUGAUGAAACUAUGACAUCAGUGGGACUUCCCAGAGGCCACUGACCACUUUAGAUUAAAAGUCGACCCUGACCAGUGCUCUGCCAGCCUUAAGCUAUACUUCUUGUAACAUAUUCAAUUCUGUUUUCUGGAGGACCCAUGACAGUAACUCACCACGGUUUAAUGUCACCAAGGAUACAUUUAUUCAGGUGGCUUCAGAAAUCCCCUCAGACACACAGGAAGCUAUACUUUGGGAGAAUAGGAAACCACGAACAGUGUGCUAGAGACUUCGCCCCAUCACAGAGAAGGGGAACUGAAAGUCAUUCUCUGAAGUCUAGUUUAAUAAUCUCAUGAGCAGAACCAAUCAGCAGACAGGAACUAGGCAGCAUCAUAAGUUGCUAAGUAGCACUGUGUAUUUAGAAGUACCUUAAACUUACCACACACUUGCCAAGAGUAUGGCAUUAAGAAGCUAGCAAAAGAUAGGUGCAAAAAUUGUGUUGGCUUGAUUUGGCUCUGAAAAAGGAGGCCAGCCUGCACCACAGAAUUGUUGCAUCAACCUCUUGACCCCGGGAUGAUCCUGUUAGUGAUCUGGGGGUUGAUAUCAGAUGCCUUACUCAGCCCCUGGCAUGAUCGGUCCAUCAGCAGUCAGUCAGGAGGAUGGCUGCCCUCCUGGUCCAUCAGCUUCUGUCUUUGUUGUAUUAUGUUGAAGAUUCACCAAGCCACUAACUCAGCCCCAGAUGGGAAACCUAGCUGCUUGGCGGCUUCUCUUUGGCUUUUAGCCCUUUCUGUCUGUAAGCAAAUAUUUUUCUGUGUAUUAUACAGUGUUUCCAGAAACAAGAGGUGUAAAACCUCCUAAUUUUCAGGAACAUCUAUGGAGAAUCUCAAAACACACUUUUGGCUCAAGCCUUUAAUCCUUAUAAGACAGGAGGAGAGCUUCCACUGCCCGUUGACCUAGGCUACAGGGUGUGCCCAAGCUAUUCUUUAGUAGUGGCCUCCACAUCCAAGCCCAGAUUCACCUUCAGGUCACAAUCUGGCUAGAGAUCCUCUCUAGGCCAUGACAAAUAUAGGAGGACCCCAUACAGCCCAUGGUUUCUAGUGAUCACUACCCAUUUUCCAAAGGUGCCCCAACUCUCUCUGGUCUUUGGAGCUUUGGGACUCAGUUUAUUUUUCAAUGCCAUCAGAAAACAAUAUUUUCCAGUGGCCCUGGAACCUUGGACUGAAUUGACCAUGUUGGGGUCUAGCCCACUGCAAAAGGAGAUGCAUCCAGCAAUAAGGAGAUCCCUGAAUGACAUUCUGUUACCAGAAUCCGGGCAUUCUCCAUCACCUGCUUGUUCAGUUUCUCUUUAGAUAAUUCAAUGUCCCUUGAAAGCAGUCUUCCCAGCCUUCACACUCAGAAAAAUCCCCAUUUUUCAUAUUAGCGAUUUUUAAUUUAUUCUAGCCUCACUGAUGUGUUUCAGAUAGGUCUCAGAUUGGGACAGGAGAGUGUGUAUUUUACAACCAACAAUUCCCAAUCUCUUGAAAUUUUUUGCCCUGUUUGUCUAUAGCCUUUAUUAUUUUUUUGUUAAUAAGUGGAAAAAUUUCUUCUUGAAGAAAAUUAUUUCUUGAAAUGUUAAGUAGAAACUCGGAUACUAAAUAGGACCUGGUUGCAAGAAACCUUUCCCUAGCAACAGAUGUGUCAGUCUGAAACAUUUUUCUGAUUGGUUAAAAGUUGAGUGCUUUGGAUUUUAAUCCCUUUUAGUUCUUGUUAAUUCUGCCUCAGUCUGCGAUCGCUUCUGAACCCACCAAACACCCAAGAAGAAAAUGACCACAAUUGGAGCCCUGGUGUUAAAAUUUUUCUUCAUUGCUGUUCUGAUGAGCUCCCAGAAGUCAUGGGCUAUCAAAGAGGAACACACCAUCAUCCAGGCAGAGUUCUAUCUUUUACCAGACAAACGUGGAGAGUUUAUGUUUGACUUUGAUGGCGAUGAGAUUUUCCAUGUAGACAUUGAAAAGUCAGAGACCAUCUGGAGACUUGAAGAAUUUGCAAAGUUUGCCAGCUUUGAGGCUCAGGGUGCACUGGCUAAUAUAGCUGUGGACAAAGCUAACCUGGAAGUCAUGAAAAAGCGUUCCAACAACACUCCAGAUGCCAACGUGGCCCCAGAGGUGACUGUACUCUCCAGAAGCCCUGUGAACCUGGGAGAGCCCAACAUCCUCAUCUGUUUCAUUGACAAGUUCUCCCCUCCAGUGGCCAAUGUCACCUGGCUCCGGAAUGGACAGCCUGUCACCAAAGGCGUGUCAGAGACAGUGUUUCUCCCAAGGGAUGAUCACCUCUUCCGCAAAUUCCACUAUCUGACCUUCCUGCCCUCCACAGAUGAUUACUAUGACUGUGAGGUGGAUCACUGGGGUUUGGAGGAGCCUCUGCGGAAGCACUGGGAGUUUGAAGAGAAAACCCCCCUCCCAGAAACUAAAGAGAAUGUUGUGUGUGCUCUUGGGUUGUUUGUGGGUCUGGUGGGCAUCGUUGUCGGGAUUAUCCUCAUCAUGAAGGGUAUUCAAAAACGCAAUGUUGUAGAACGCCGACAAGGAGCCCUGUGAGAUACCUGGAGGCAAUGCCUUCAGUUAAAGUUCAGUGAAGAAACUUGCUGUGACAGCGUCUGAGGCUACCCCUUUCAGUUGUUCAUCUCAGCGGAGACCUCAUCUUCUGCAGUUUCCAGCAUUAAGCCUCAAGAAUGGCGGCAGGUUCUCUGGUCUAAUGUCUGGCUGGGGUUCUCCAUCUCCCACCUGUAUCUAUAUUCUAUCUUCCACCAUUUAUAAUAAUUCCUCUGUGACAAAUAUCACAAAGUUCUUCCUCCGCUGUGGAACUUUCUGAGAAUGUAGUCAUCUUCUCCAAACUGUGUUCUUUUUUUCUACAAAUAAUAAACACCUUGGGUUGUGACACGUUU